ACCAAAUGUGUCACCGGUCCCGCUCCUCUUCCUCCUCCUGGCACGCGCGCCGCCAUCCCCGCACCUCCUUCCUCCUCCUGGCACGUGCGCUACCGUCCCCGCGCCUCCUUCCUCCUCCUGGCACCCGUGCCUCCUUCCUCCUCCUAGCACCCGUGCCGCCGCCCUCGCACCUCCUUCCUCCUCCUAGCACGCGCGCCGCCGCCGCACCUCCUUACUCCUCCUGCCAUGCGCGCCGCCGCCCCGACCUUCCCUUCCGCACUCUCCUCCCAGGCUCCUGCCGCCGCCCCGACCACAUCUCCACCAGCUCCGGCCACCGCCGCGCCCCCAUCUCCCCCGGCUCCCACACCGCGCAUCUCGUCCUAGUGGGGCUCCAUAACCACAGUACCGGACCACCCCAGGCCAUUCAACGCCACCAACCCGGUCCGUUCAUUGCAGCAACACCCAGGAUCUGGCUACCACCAUGUCGUUCCCACGGUGACGUUCGAUGGAGCACCUCGUCUCUCUCCUGCUGCAGGGAGGCCCAGCUACUGCACUGUGGAGUGAGCUGUAAAAAAUAAAAAAUGUGGCAAAUUAGGUAGAGAUUAAACAUCCCCCGGAGCACAUCGUCGGUGUCCAUGAGCGGGGCUCCCGUGGAUGGCUGGAUCCCGUCGUCGGCGUCGAUAUAGCGUCCACGAGCGCGAGCACCCCACAUCCGGCGUACAAAUAGCUCCACUAGAAUUGGUAACUGGUGGAGAUCAUUCAUGUUGAUUACUUUUGACAAGAAUAAUAGUCCGCUAGAGAAUUUGCUGAAGAUUAGAUAGGAGUGAAAAAACUGAAGGUUUGGAAGUGAUGGUCGCGGCCUCUUCCUUCUGUAGGUCACCGCCUCCUGCUUCUGCAGGCCGUGCCCCAUCCCCCGAUUCCCGCAGCAGACAUGCCGUUCACCGCCGGCACCACAGUCCGUUCACUGCCGACAACCGAGGCCGUUCAACGGCGCAACGACGAGUAUGAGAAGAUUUGUAGAUGCACAACAGAGUUUGCAGACUGCCAUGUUAAACAAUGUCAACAGUUCUGGUUCUCUAGAUUGGUCUUGGUACAUGAUACAUCUUAAGCUUGGUCUUGGUACAGGAUACAUCUUAAGCUGGAGUUCGUCGCUAAGCAGAUGGAGAUGUGUGUAUGUAUACAUGUGUUCUGGAGAUAGGAGAACUAUCUGGUGGUGUGUGCGUGCUGCUGCAUCCUCUUCCGGCUGCUCUAAUUCACACCUUCAGUACAACUUCUUUCAGCGAGGUGGAGAUUGGGGCACGGUGGAGUGUGACCGUGUGUGUGCAGACGGCCCACCGCAACGUCACCGGCCGGAUCCCGCUCUUCAGUGUACAGCAAGAAGUUCAUGUAUUGAUGCCCCUGGAGUCCAUGUAGCUCUGCUGCCGUGCUACCCUUAUCGGCCUCGGCUAUGUCGAAGGAGCUCCCUUCUGUUCAGUGGAUUCAACAAAAAAAGUCCCUGCUGCCACUGCAUCCUGAGUUCAAGGGAUUCCUUAGGGGCCUUCUACACCAUCUUGCUAAUGAUGCCAUCGCUGGAUGCCACAGCCAUGCUCGUCGUUCUUGUACUGCCAUUCACAUACUGCUCCCUGUUUUACUUCAUUGAGAUCCAUAGAAAUAAGUUAUAUUCAGUUCGCCGCUUUUACAAUUGAGGGUCUUAUGUUGACCGAAACAAUAGUUCAAGCUCCUAAAAAAGCAAUUAUGUGUAUGCUACAUCACUUUGAGGAACUACAGCAAACAAAAUAAGGAGAGCUUGGUACUACUUGAUUUUUUUAUAGUACUACUUGAAGCCUUUCUGUUGUA